AAUCACUAUAAACUACAACAGAAACGUCCAACUAGCUAUAAUGAAUGAGCUUUAGUGGAAACUGGUAAAUGACAGAAAUUAUAUAAACAGUUGUAGGAAUAAUUAAAGUAUUGUCAGUGAUCAAACUCCGACAUGAAUAAACUACAACUACAGCAGAAGUGGGUAAACGACAGUUUGGGUGAAUAAACUACAUUAGAGCGAUAGGCCUCAGGGGUCAGCCAUCUUGUAGCGGGAGGACAGAUUGAUGCGGUGACACGCGGCAUGUUUGGUGCUAACAGAAAGAAGUUUAUGGAGGGAGGGCUAGACAGCGACUACUCUGAUGACUCCGGUCUUUAUUACAGCCAACAGUCCAUGUUUCCUCCUCAUCGACCUGACAAAGACAUGCUGGCGUCGUCCUCCUCCUCCACCAGUCAGCUGUCCCAGCUGGGAGCCAGUUUAUACGGCCCACAGAGUGCACUUGGGUUUCCCAUGCGUGGGAUGAACAGCAGCGCGGCCCCCCCGCUCUGUCGAACGGGGCUGAACCAGUCUGCCAGCCAGCUCACCAGUCACACCAGUACUCCCAACUCCAGCUCGCUGCACACGCCCCCCUCGCCCAGCAGGGGAAUUCUGCCCAUGAGCAGCCGGAGCGUCCUGAACCACAACCAGCAGGUGGGGGGUCCAACGGGUCAGGCGGGUGGGAUAGGAGCAGAGAGGGGGGGAGGUGGAGGAGGGGGGAGGAGCGGCACCAUGGGGAGUCCCAGCCGGUCGUCUCCGAGCAUCAUCGGGAUGCCCAAACAGCCACAGUCACGGCAGCCGUUCACCUUCAACAGGAAUCCAGGCUUCAACAUGAAUAGCUCUUUAUCCAACAACAUCUUUAAUGGCACAGACGGCAGUGAGAAUGUGACGGGUUUGGACCUGUCUGACUUCCCAGCGUUAGCAGACCGGAGUCGGAGGGAUGGAGGCGCCAAUGCCCCCCCACAGCACAACCCGCUGGCAGGCCGGGCGCCUUACGUCGGCAUGGUGACAAAGCCAUCCAAUGAGCAGUCGCAGGACUUCUCCAUCCAUAACGAAGACUUCCCAGCUCUCCCCGGGCCCAACUACCAGACUAAAGACCCCACCAGCACCAGUGAAGACACCAAAACGAAUCUGAACUCGUCGGGAAAGACCUCAUCCAGCUCCGAUGGUCCAAAGUUUCCUGGUGAUAAAAGCUCCGCUCCAAACAACAACAACCAGCAGAAGAAAGGGAUUCAGGUGCUUCCCGACGGCCGUGUGACCAACAUCCCCGUCGGCAUGGUAACGGAUCAGUUUGGAAUGAUUGGUUUGUUGACGUUCAUCAGGGCAGCGGAAACGGAUCCCGGCAUGGUUCACCUCGCCCUGGGCUCAGACCUCACCACGCUUGGCCUCAACCUCAACUCACCCGAGAACCUUUAUCCGAAGUUUGCAUCGCCCUGGGCGUCCGCGCCGUGUCGGCCGCAGGACAUCGACUUCCACGUCCCCUCAGAAUAUCUAACCAACAUCCACAUAAGGGACAAGUUAGCAGCUAUAAAGUUGUCUCGGUAUGGCGAGGACCUGCUGUUUUAUCUCUACUACAUGAACGGAGGGGACCUCCUACAGCUCCUGGCUGCAGUAGAGCUCUUUAACAGGGACUGGAGGUAUCAUAAAGACGAGCGGGUCUGGAUCACCCGGGCCCCUGGAAUGGAGCCCACUCUGAAGACCAACGCCUACGAACGAGGGACCUACUACUUCUUUGACUGUCUGAUCUGGAGAAAAGUGGCCAAGGAAUUUCAUCUGGAAUACGACAAACUAGAAGAGCGACCUCACGUUCCCUCCACAUUCAACUACAAUCCUGCCCAGCAGGCCUUCUGAUUGGCUCUCCCUCCUUCCUGCCUGGCUGCCAUCAGCCCUCCUGGUUCAUCAGUCAACCCCCCCCCAAGGUUUUCGCUGCUCAACACUGGAACGAGUCUGCCCUGGUUGGGCUCAGGUCCAAGCCUCCUCUCCUUUACGUUUGCCUGUUACCUCUUCUGCUUCAGGUUCUUGUUUUAUCUACCGACUGACACACAAACUCUCCACCUGACAGCGGGACUCUUUUUACCCUCUCUGAUGAACUGAAUAUUUUUUCUAAAGAAGCUGAUUUUAACAGAAAACAGGAAGUAAUCUCCUGUCAGGAAGGAGAAUUUUGUGUCUCAACAGAAACAUUUUCCAGUUUUAUUCCAACAUUACAAAUCCGAGCAAAUCUCCUCAGACGCCCGACAGCCGGGAGACGUGCAGCCAUGUUUGUUGUAGCGCUAUUUUAUAAGAAAAGAGGAGAAAUAAAGAGUCUGUCUUGUUGCGUAAAGAAACAAGAGACAUGUUUGACCACGUGUUUCCUGUUAGGUUUGAAUGGGCUCACUCCAUUUUUACUUUUGCAUCAUAUUCAUGUUUAUUUAUUGUCAACAGAUCUUAAGCUGAGACUCAGGUCAACUUAAAGCGACGGCUCACAGGAAAGCCGGCGUGCUUUUACCGAACACGCGACCAGCCAGGCACGCCUAAAAGGAACUGGAGUCUCUCUUUGUCUUUGAUUUGUUAACAAUAAGACAUUUAAAUGAAAACAGGAGCACUUAAUGAAAUUCAGUCUGCUGCCGUCUUCCCAGAGUUUGAUACGUGGGAAAAGCGUUUUGUAACCAGUCCAGUUUUUUCUGUUAUCUCAGCAUAAACACUUUAAAUGUGCGUCUCUACACACGACCGUGUUUUUACAGAACAGAAUUAAAAAUGGCUGAGUCCGUGGUGUGGGUCCGCCGCGGCCCAUGAGCCUUGCAGCGGAGGCUCACGGCGGUGCGUUGUCCUAAUGUAGUCCCAACUCUGGUCGAUGUGAAUACCGACGUCACCAAGAACAAUUAGGGUCAUUAUCAUGACUUCUGCACAUUAAAUGCUAAUUGUUACUAGGGAUGCACCGAUGGAUCGGCAUUUGAUCCCAAUCGGCCGAUAGCGCCCCUAUCAGUUUUGAUCGGAGUUUUCAAAAUAGAUCAAAGCAGACCGAUCAGGUAGGGUUGUCACGGCAACCGGUGUAGCGGUAAACCCCGGUAAAAAAAGUUGACAAUGAUAAUAACCGUCUUGUUUUUAAAAAAAAAAACAUCAUCUCCGUGGGUUUACCGUGGCUGCGGUGUAGGCGCGGUGACCCUUACCAGCCACCGUAUCAUCUGCUGAAGUUGCCGGCGGCAAAUGCGCACUUUGUUGUUUACAACCAAAACUUUCUUGAAGCUAAAGCUGAAAUAAUGGCCAAAGGAGGAGACGGCAGCGCUCAGGACAUUUAUUAUCCCUCAAAGAAGACAAAGUGGGAAGUACGGGCAUGUUUUGGAUAUUUGAAGAAUGCCGAGGGACAGCUGAUAGAAGACGGCUAUCCUGUUUGCAGCACGAGCAGAAAAAGUGUCUGUGAAAGGCAGCAACGCUUCAAAUCUCAUGACACAUCUGCGUGACCGUCACCCACAACUCUACAGUAAACGCAAGGCAAGCUAACGUUAGCGCUUUAGCUAAAAUGUGUGAUCCGAGGAUUUGGGUUGAGGGAGAAUGCAACGAGUGGCUAUAUAAAGCAGCCGCAGCGCCGCUACCUGCAUAUAAACCGUGUCGCGGACACCGCCAUGUUGAAAUGAUGCUAUGCAUUACGGGGCUCCCAGGGGCAGAUAAGAGUUGGUCUCUCUCCGAGAAUAAUUAUGAAUUUAACAACGAUUACUGCCUGAUGACAUUUUCCCACAUCUGCAAAGCUCACUGGAAGGACACAAACCGAGGACGAUAUUUUCCUGAUAUAGGGUUUAUUACUCAAGUAAGGGUAAAAAAAAGUAUCUGGUUAGAAGGCUACUUGAGUACUGAGUAUCAUCUGAUCUAAUAUUUUUAAAAUGAUGACAUCAAACAGACAUAAAAUAAGAAGUUAUGGGCAAAUAUUGGUAUUUUAAAGACUAAAGGGGAAAAAUGUAAACAAAUAAACAACAUAAUUACAAAAUAACACAUUUUAGGCAAAAUUUAGACACAAACUGAGGACAAUAGUUUCCUGACAUACAGGGUUUAUGUAGUUGUGUGAAAAUGUAACACGUUUAAAAAAAUACCGCGAUAAUACUGAAAACUGUGGUAAUUUUGGUCACAAUAACCGUGAGGUUACAUUUUCACACCGUGACAACCCUAAUACACACCAUUUUAGAUUAGGUUACAUUUCCUUUAUUCCCAGAUUAUGUAGUUUGUAGCACUCAUUCUAAUGUUGUAGAAAAUUUCUGGCCAAUCCACGUGAUCGGUAUCGGUGAUCGGCAGCAAAAAACCUGAUCGGUGCAUUCACUUACAUUGUUUAUGCUAAGCUAAAGCUAACGGAAUAAUGGGGGGUUGGGAGAAUGACUGAGCUGGUCACAAAAUGCUCUUUUCUAACUCAGGAGUAGGACAGCAGACCAGAUUUCACUCGGGUGGAAUAUCCCUUUAAACAGAAGGAUUAUGGGAAAUGAUCAACUUCUAGAUCUAAAACUUAGAAUCCCGUUUUAUCAUCAUCUCACUGUUUUACAGUUUUAAUCCCGCUACCUUGUUUUUACUUCAGAUCCGUUUCCUUCCUUGUGGUUUUCCCUCUGCUCUUUGUGGACUUUUCCUCCUCAGCCGAACGGAGGUGAGAUGUUCUCGACGUCGACCUGAAAUCUGAUAGAAGAGCUGAAUGUAAACAAAACCAGCAACAAGCAGCAUCACCAACGGCUUCUCUUCCACGUCAGUUUGACUGCUUUUGUUUAGGAUCUUUUAGAUCAUCAGAUUGAUUGUUCUCAGGGUCAGAAGCAGUUCUAAUGCUGAGCUCAUUUACAGCUGGCUGUAAUUAAUAAAAGUGUUAAUGAUUUAAAUCUUUGCAAGACAACAGAACAUCUCAUCUCACCAUAAAUUAACGUUUUCUUUGAGGAUCUGUUCUGAACACAACCAAACCAACCCUUUGGUGGUUAGGUUUGACCUCCCCACCAGGAGGCGCUGGUGCUCAGCGCUGUGUAGAUGUUCUGAAUGUGCAAACGCAGAUUCCAGGCAGCAAAAACAACAAAAUGAGGAAUUCAUCCAAAAGAGGAGACCCCGCCUCCUCACCACGAUGCAAUACUCCUGUUACCAUGGAGACGAUGAAAACAGCUCGAUCACACAAGCCAAGGACCCAUGUGACCCCUCUGGGAAGAUUUGAUUGGUGGACUGAGGGACUUGGCCGUGGCUGUUUUGUCAAAUAUGGCAGCUAGUGUUUUAUUAGAAAAAGAAUAAAUAAAUAAAUAUUCUGAUAAUGAAAGUCAAAA